UGUUCGCUGAGAGCUCGCGCAGUCGGCAGAGCGGGAUUCAGCAGGAGAGAGAUUAUCACACGGGACUGAAAUAAAAGUGGAUAAAGUGCAGGAAAGGUGAUGAUGUUAUAAAAGCAGACGCCCGUCAUCGGAAGAGCAGCCCACCAUUCUUCCUCCUCCUCCUCAUCAUCAUCAUCGUCACCUCUAUCACCUCUUUCUCAUUCUGACAUCCAUUGCAUCUCUUUCCCCUCCUGAGCCCCCACCUUACCGCUUCAUUAACCAUGUCCAUCGCUCUCAAGCAAGUCUUCAACAAGGACAAGACGUUCAGGCCCAAGCGCAAGUUCGAGCCAGGGACGCAGCGCUUCGAACUGCACAAGCGGGCUCAGGCAUCACUCAGCUCGGGCGUGGACCUGAGGGCGGCCGUACAGCUACCCAAUGGCGAGGACCCCAACGACUGGGUGGCCGUCCACGUGGUGGACUUCUUCAACCGCAUCAACCUGAUCUACGGCACCGUGUGCGAGUACUGCACAGAGAAGAGCUGCCCGGUGAUGUCAGGAGGCCCGCGGUUCGAGUAUCGCUGGCAGGAUGAGCACAAGUACAAGAAGCCCACAGCAUUGCCAGCGCCGCAGUACAUGAACCUGCUGAUGGACUGGAUCGAGGUGCAGAUCAACAACGAGGACAUCUUUCCCACCAGCGUAGGAAUUCCAUUUCCCAAAAACUUCAUUCAGAUCUGUAAGAAAAUCCUGUGCCGGCUUUUCCGGGUCUUCGUGCACGUCUACAUCCACCACUUCGACCGCAUCAUCCUGAUGGGAGCCGAGGCCCAUGUCAACACCUGCUACAAGCACUUUUACUACUUCUGCACCGAGCUCAACCUCAUAGACCGCAAGGAGCUGGAGCCGCUGAAAGAGAUGACGUCACGGAUGUGUCUUUAGGCCCCGUAUCAGACCUUGUGGACCCAGGAAAAUAAAAGUUAGUCUCAACCGGACGACGUCACAGAUGAACAGAUGAACUCGGACAAUGUGAUGCUGAUGAAGUCUGACGUAUCGAGAAAACUGGAUGCAGUUGAGUUUGCGGGUUUGAGUUUCCUCAGAGCGACAGCACCUGCCGGUGGUGAGAAGCGGCACGUUCAGACAUGCGGCGCUCGUCCUCCAGGUGGCGCUCUAAUGCAGUAAUAGGAUUACGCACUACUUGGGAAUCAGGACUAUGCAGUGAUGCUGGAGCUCGAGCUCCUUCUAGUGAUGAGAAUAAUAUUGUAAAGCUGUAAAGCUACUCACUGUCUAAUGACUGCACAGGUUUAGUGAAUUUAACCCUCACGGAAAACUAAUGGAGUGUGUGUGUGUGUGUGUGUGUGUUUCAGAUUGCCAAAAUCUACAUUUCAGUUGUUUGUCUUGAGGGUUAAUGGGAUGAGUUUAAUUAUUUUUUUUAUAAUAAUUUUGUCCUUAGAUAUGAUUUUAAUGAUGAUAAUCUCUUUUUCUCUCUCAAACACGCACACACACAUUUUACAUGAAUAUUUGACUGUUAGUGUAUAGUAGUAUAUAAUAAUGCGCCUUUUUUAUUUUUUGAAUGAAAUACAGGGUUUUUUUAAAUUAUACAAGACUACUUCAAUGAACAAAUUUCGGCAUUUUUGGCAUUUGUAAUGCAGUAACAGUA